AUGACCAGCUUGGUAGCUCGUCGUAUCGCAGAGCUUGAGGCGAGCUCCAGCGAGCAUCCGACUACUUCGCCGCCGCAACCACCACAACCCUUGUCCCCCCGAACCAAGAACUCCGCUCCCUACCACCGAGGGCGCCUUGAGAUUAAACCUACGAGCAUCAGCUCAGACGAGGCGGAGGGUGAUCUCGCUCCGCUUCCGUAUCAUUACAACCCCGUUUCCGACGACGAUCAAACCACCGGAGAAGACCGCGGGGAGUAUGAUAGAGAGCAGAUUCCGUGGCAGUCCUUCGUAGUAGCACGAAAGACUCUGGCCACCACCAGCCUAGUCCACCAACAAAACCAAGCUGAGCCAGAAGGAGCGGACAUCCACGCUGGUGGGUACUACGCCAGACCGAAGAAGGGGCCUCCUCAGAGCAUAGCUCAUCGCGACGCGGGGAGCAAUGUGGCGGCAGCAGUUUUCACCGCUAGCGUGCGGCAGCAGCAGGAAAAGGCACGGAUGGCAACGAAGAUCACCCAGCUCGAAGCGGCCCUUGUUGCCUCCCAAGGCCGUGUCGCACAACUGGUCUCGUCGUCUGCCAUAGCCGCUGAGAACGCGUCCCGCCGCCGGAGAGAGAAAGAAGCCGCCAUCGACAAGGAGCGAGCCUUCCAUCGCCGGGUCAGCCAGCUGGAAGAUGCUCUGGCGCAAGCGGAGAAGCGCGCGAGCUGGCUACACGGGGAGCUCAAGGUCGUUUGGGCAUGCGGCAUCCAGCGCGUAAACGAGCUCGAGUACGAACUGGAAGUUACCCGACGGCAGCAAGCUCACGCCUCCACAGGCUACGGGCCUGAAGAAACCGAUUCUGCUACUGAAAACGGAUCUGCUGCCCCUUUCGGUGGGAACUUCAGAGAUGCUAGCCCCCAUCACGAGGCGGUGGAACCUGUAGAAUAUGGGAAUGGUCUCGAUAAGAUGAUGGACGAUACCAAGCAGGCGCUCUCCGACCUCCGCACCAAAUUUUACAGAGCGAUAGGAGAGAGGAACGACCUCAAGGUCCGGUGCGACCUCCUCGAACAGCAACUUCUGAACAACACCACCAUCGCCGACGCCGACGCCACCAGCUUUUCCACCGGCGGCGACGCUCACCGCAAAAACGCGUGGCACAAAGGCGACGACGAUGGCCAACGCCAGGCUCGUCAUGGUGGACGGCAGGCAGUCAAGGACACAAGCACGCGUAGCGGCAGCAACAGCCGCACCAGGAGAAGGAGCGCCAGCCGAAGCACCGACAGCAGCGUCGGCACUACGACCGGCAGCAGCGCAACGGUGGCUCCGGAGGAUGCGCCGGUCACGACAGCGAGCGCCAGGCUCCCCACGUGGUUUUAG